AUGGAACCAAAUAACAAAAGCCAUCCCAACGAGUUCAUUCUACUAGGCUUUGCUGACCGUCCUUGGCUAGAGCUUCCUCUAUUCAUUAUUCUGCUUAUAACAUACCCCAUGGCCAUGAUGGGAAACAUAGCCAUCAUUCUGGUGUCCAAGUUAGACCCCCGUCUGCACAGCCCCAUGUAUUUCUUCCUCACCAACCUCUCCUUUUUGGACAUGUGCUACACCACAAGCAUUGUCCCUCAGAUGCUCUUUAACCUGGGAACGUCUAAGAAGACUAUCAGCUAUAUGGGGUGUGCAGUUCAGCUUUAUUUCUUCCACAUAAUGGGGGGCACAGAAUGUCUGCUUUUGGCUGUUAUGUCUUUUGAUCGCUACGUGGCCAUCUGCAAGCCUCUACACUAUACCCUCAUCAUGAAUCAGUGCGUCUGUAUCUUAUUAGUGGCCACCGUGUGGCUGAUGGGUUGCACAGUAGGCUUGGGCCAAACCACCUAUAUUUUCUCUUUAGACUUCUGUGGCCCCUGUGAAAUAGACCACUUCUUCUGUGAUCUCCCGCCUAUCCUGGCACUAGCCUGUGGGGAUACAUCCCAUAGUGAGGCGGCAGUCUUUGUUGCAGCCAUUCUUUGCAUUUCCAGUCCAUUUUUAUUAAUCAUUGCUUCUUAUGGCAGAAUUCUAGCUGCCGUGCUGAUCAUGCCCUCCCCUGAAGGCCGUCAAAAAGCUCUUUCCACCUGUUCUUCCCACCUACUGGUAGUAACGCUCUUCUAUGGCUCAGGAUCUGUCACCUACUUGAGGCCCAAGGCUAGCCAUUCACCCGGGGUGGAUAAACUCCUGGCCCUCUUCUAUACUGUGGUGACAUCCAUGCUCAACCCUGUCAUCUACAGCUUACGGAACAAGGAAGUCAAGACAGCUCUUCGGAAAACUCUGGGCAAGAAAAAUGUUUUGACUCACGGGUAG